AAAUCUGUAUGAUUGUGUUCUAUUCAAACACCCCGUUUCCAUUGCACGCUUCUCCUUUCCAGGGUCCUGGUAUUCAAUUGCCGAUGAGACGCAAGAAGGUAGGCGAAGCGCAGGGUUGUGUCUCAUUCAUAAAUUACUAGGAUUCGUUCCUCCCAACCCUGUUCCUUCCUCUUAUGCCCCCAUAUCCCACGCCCUAAACAUCCGAAGAUGGUUUGGGGAUUGAUUCCCGUCGAUUCCCCUCGAGGUGCACAGAAAUACUACAUCUUCUCCAGAGGAACAUACAAAGUUGGUCGAAAAGAUUGUGAUAUUAUUGUCCAAACAGACACGUCAGUAUCCCGAGUUCAUGCAGAGAUUGUUGUUGAUAAAAUGACUUCUUAUGAUGCUUCUCAUAUUGGGUCUGGUACUUUUCCCUCCUAUGCCCGGAUCAUUGAUCGCUCAAGAUAUGGUACAUCUGUUAAUAAAGAACUUGGGGCUGACGGAGUUUGUUUGCGUAAAGAUCUGGAGGCAAAACUUAAGGAUGGGGAUUUGGUAACAUUUGGAACUGGCAAUGCAACUUUCAGGUUUUGUUUUGUGCCCCUUGUAAUCUUUCUUCAUUGCUCAAAGCCCAUCCAAGCAAAUCAUUCACUUGAAGCCAGCAUUUCAUCUAUUGGGGCACACAUUUCUUGUACUUGGAGCAAUGAGUGCACGCAUGUUCUUGUUGAUGAAUCUUCUCCAGUAACACUCGAGCUUAUUGAAGCGAUUCUUUCUAAGAAACCGAUUGUCCUUAGUGAUUGGUGUAAGGUCCUUGCUGAGCAAAAAAUUUGCAUAGAAAUUCCUUCUUGGACUUCUUCACCAGAAUGGCUUCUGGUUCGUUAUUCCAGCUACAUUCCGAGUUUGACUAUAGAUGGGAUGUUGGUAAGGGUUGUAGAGCCCAAGUCUCGUGAGAAAUGUCUAGCAGACUAUACCUUUGUUCUGGGAUCAUCACAUAAGUAUAAAUUUGGUGAUAAGUUCCGAUCACUACUUGAAGUGGCUGGAGCAAAAUCUUUCCAUGUUGAUGAAUUUUGUUCAAAUAGCCAGACUUCAGCAGAUGGAGAAAACAACCAAGUAGUUCUGGUAAUUCCUGGAGAACCAACUAAUGAAUUUGAUCACUUUCGUGAGCUGUCUUCCUUGUCCAGAGUUACUGAAGUGAGAUUGGUUGCUGCCAUUUUAUCUGGACACUUGGAAUCAUCCAUCAUUGAACCCCCUGCUUGUUUGGACUUAAGAAUCACAAAGGACAUUUUUGAAGCAAUUGAUGCAGACUUCUUAGCAUCAUGUUCAAACAAUUUCAUCCAGUUACAUAUCAAACUGCUUCCUUCUGAGUUGUUGACUGUUAUCAUUUCAUCUUCACAUUCCACUGAUGAGACUAUGGUAGCGGAUUCUGAUGUUGAAAUUGAUACUGCCACAUCUGAUCGUGCUGCUGCCAUCGCCAAUCUUCCUGAUGCCCUCAGAUGUGAACAUGAUGAAAUUGUAAAAGAAUCUGAAAACAGAGAAGAUGUGAGAAAUUUUGAGGACACCCCAAAAAAUGUAAAUUAUUCCCUCUAUGAACAUGAAGAGAAAAAUCCAACAGUAUCUGAAGAUGGAGAAGAAACCAGAGAUCGAGAUGACAGAAAUAACUGUACUAAAUAUUCAGUCUUAUCUCCAGACAAGUCCAAUAUUUCAGGCCCAAAGUUUGAGAAUGUUGGUGUUAUGAAAAGGGUGGACAAAAGUGAGGAAGCUGUUGCUGACAGACAUGAAAAUUCAGACAUCAUAUACAGUCAAGAUUUGAUCGUAAAGAAUAUUGGCACUCUGAUUCCUGUUAGAUCUACCACAAAGAAGGUUGUCAACUUCAAAUGCUUUAGAAAGAGAAAUACAAUGUCUGGCAAUAGCUUCAGAAAUCUCAUUCCUUUUUCAAAAGAUCCAUAUCUUGAAUCUGGUUGUGGGAGCAAUGAAUCAUCUGAGUACAUGAAGGAAGAGAAGAAGCGUAAGCAAAUGGAAGCUAUCGCCGAGGACUUGUUCAACAAUGAGAAGGUGAGGAAACGUGCCACUGCUUGUACUUCUCUUCAAGCCCUUCUUUCACGUCGCUGACAAAGGUCAAAAUGUAGAAUGCCUGGAUGUAAAGUGUAUUGUUUGCUGAGUGCCUUUAAAAACCAGUGAUCAUAAUGCUAUAAUUAAUCUGAAUAGGUGGAGUAACUGUGACUUGAUGUAAUCUUCCAGAUAAAGGAACUCAUGUCCAGUGAUUAUAAUGCUAAUAGUUAACCUGAAUAGGUGAAGGAACUGUGACUUGAUGCAGUCUUGCAGAUACAGGAACUCAUGCAGCCUUCGUGUUCUACUGGAAUGUUUUGUGCAGAAUCAGGCCAAGUGAAUGUAAAUAUCAGAAAUUCUGGAAAAAAGAAAAGUGGAGUUGCCUGCCUUUUUAUUUAUUGCUACUUCUGUGUACUGCAUUUUGACACAGUAAAAUUUCAACAUUCAGGAUU